AAUGCUUGUUUCAAUAACCCUGUUGGAGUUGCUGAUAACAAUAUGAUAUAUGACAACAAGAUGACAGCUUCUACUGAUCUUGGUUCUUUAUAUAAACCUGAAAGAGGUCGGCUCAACAAUGAAUAUUUUGGUUUUGGAUGGUGCACACAAAGCUGCUGUGGAAACCAAGACUGGCUUCAAAUAGACCUUGGAACUACUCGUCAAAUAUGUGGAGUAGCUACUCAAGGAGAUAACCAAAACGACAGCUGGGUCAUCGAGUUCAAGUUGUCCUUUUCAACUGAUGGGGGUGGCUGGACUUUUUAUAGAAAUAUUGAUAAUACGGAAAAGGUGAGUAUCCAUUCGUUGCCAUGUUACAUGACUAUACAUGUAGACUAGUGCUUUAAUGAAAAGAAGUAAAGUUGGAUUUCAAUAAACUUUCAAAUUUUAAAAGUGUAUUGACUCAAGUCAUAUGUAUAUAGAGCCUAACGCUGCGGACUAAGUGGCAAUUUUCUAGAAGUUGUAGCCGGGCAACAUUUUAGUAGUUCAACCAUUCGUCAACUUAACUGAACUUCUAUUCUGCAUGGUUUCUGAAAAAAAGGCGGAGGCAAGGCUUCAGUUAAAAAAAAAAGUCGAUUGAGCAAAUAUUCCUCUUGCAUUUUUCUCUUUUUCACCUUAAAUUAUUGCUCUGUUUUUUUUUUCAAGCUUUUAUUCGUUUUUAAGUUUGCCAACAGUGGUGAAGAACGUAUAGUCACGUUUCAAUCACAUUUUCUAUACAUUAAUAAAUGCAUAUUUCUAUGUACCUAGGUCUUUCAAAGGAUUGGUGAUGGCAACACAGUAGAAAAACAUGAGUUACCUACAACUACAUCUGCAAAAUUCAUCAGGUUUCAUCCAGUAACUCAGAAUAGAUGGAACUGCCUCAGAGUGGAAGUGUAUGAA